CCCACGGCCGAUCGGGCAGCUAGCCUCCUGUGCGCCCGGCAGAGCCGGCGGUGCUGGGGCGAGAGCGGAGCCGCGCCGCACGGGCAACGAUCUCCUCUCUCCACCCCCGUGCACACGAGUCCGUCAGUGAGGGAGGGCACGGGUGGCCGGGAGCAGCGGGCAGCCGAGCUGCAGCACCGGGCGCGGCGCUAGGGCAGGCAGGAAAGGAAGGGGCUUACAGACAGUGUGAAUCAUCUCCCACUCACUCCCUCACCCACCAUUUACACCAGUCGCUCGCUCGCUCCCUCCCUCCUUCUCCUCCCUCUCUCCCUCCCUCCCCGCCGCCUCGGUCUCACUCGUUCUCUAUCCCCUCCUCUCCUCUCCCACUCACUCUCUCCCCUCCUCUCCUCUCCCACUCACUCUGUCCUCUCCUCCUCCUGUCUCACUCUUUUCAUUCUUUCCCCUCCUCCUCCUCCCCUCUCCCCCCUUCUCUUCCCUCUCUCGCCCCCCUCGUUCCCCUGUCUCCCUUCUCAUCUCCUCCUGACACUGCACUGCAGCUGCUCCUCCAGCCCAGUCCUGCCCGCUUCCCUCCCUCCUUUCCCUUCCCUUCCCUCCCCCUGGGUGCCAGAUAAACAAGGCGCGCAGCAUCCUCGACAAUCCCGAGCUUAGCUCUACAUUUUCGAAAAGGACAAGAGAACGGGACGAGCCCCCUCCCCUCCUCCUCCUCCUCCCCCUUCCUCCUCCUCCUCCUCCUCCCCCCUUCCCUCCCUGCCCCCCCCCCUCCCCCCCCACCACAGAAGGGAAGAGACAAUUCUCCUCCGAGCAGCAGCAAACAUGAUGGCGGCAGCUCCCAUCCAGCAGAACGGGACCCACACCGGGGUUCCCAUAGACCUGGACCCGCCGGACUCCCGGAAAAGACCGCUCGAAGCCCCCCCUGAAGCCGGCAGCACCAAGAGGACCAACACGGGCGAGGAUGGCCAAUAUUUUCUAAAGGUCCUCAUACCUAGUUAUGCUGCUGGAUCUAUAAUUGGGAAGGGAGGACAGACAAUUGUUCAGUUGCAGAAAGAGACUGGGGCCACCAUCAAGCUGUCUAAAUCCAAAGAUUUUUACCCAGGUACUACAGAGCGGGUGUGUCUGAUCCAGGGAACAGUUGAAGCACUAAACGCAGUUCAUGGCUUCAUUGCAGAGAAGAUUCGAGAAAUGCCUCAAAACGUGGCCAAGACAGAGCCUGUCAGCAUUCUACAGCCUCAGACCACUGUUAAUCCAGACCGCAUCAAACAAACAUUGCCAUCUUCCCCAACUACCACCAAGUCCUCUCCAUCUGAUCCCAUGACCACCUCCAGAGCCAAUCAGGUAAAGAUUAUAGUUCCCAACAGCACAGCAGGUCUGAUAAUAGGGAAGGGAGGUGCUACAGUGAAGGCUAUAAUGGAACAGUCAGGGGCUUGGGUGCAGCUUUCCCAGAAACCUGAUGGGAUCAACUUGCAAGAGAGGGUUGUCACUGUGAGUGGAGAACCUGAACAAAACCGAAAAGCUGUUGAACUUAUCAUCCAGAAGAUACAAGAGGAUCCACAGAGUGGCAGCUGUCUCAAUAUCAGUUAUGCCAAUGUCACAGGUCCAGUGGCCAAUUCCAAUCCAACCGGAUCUCCUUAUGCAAACACUGCUGAAGUGUUACCAACUGCUGCAGCUGCUGCAGGGCUAUUAGGACAUGCUAACCUUGCUGGAGUGGCAGCCUUUCCAGCAGUUUUAUCUGGCUUUACAGGCAAUGACCUGGUGGCCAUCACCUCUGCACUUAAUACAUUAGCCAGCUACGGAUAUAAUCUCAAUACACUAGGUUUAGGCCUAAGUCAGGCAGCAGCUACAGGGGCUUUGGCUGCAGCAGCUGCCAGUGCCAAUCCAGCAGCAGCAGCAGCCAAUUUGUUGGCCACCUAUGCGAGUGAAGCCUCAGCCAGUGGCAGCACUGCUGGUGGUACGGCGGGGACAUUUGCAUUAGGUAGCCUGGCUGCUGCUACUGCUGCAACCAAUGGAUAUUUUGGAGCUGCUUCUCCCCUAGCUGCCAGUGCCAUCCUAGGAACAGAGAAAUCCACAGAUGGAUCGAAAGAUGUAGUCGAAAUAGCAGUGCCAGAAAACUUAGUUGGUGCAAUACUUGGAAAAGGAGGGAAAACAUUAGUUGAAUACCAGGAGUUGACUGGUGCAAGGAUACAGAUCUCUAAAAAGGGAGAAUUCGUACCUGGCACAAGAAAUCGCAAGGUAACCAUUACUGGAACACCAGCUGCAACCCAGGCCGCACAGUAUUUAAUUACACAACGGAUCACAUACGAGCAAGGAGUCCGGGCUGCCAAUCCACAGAAAGUGGGUUGAGAGCCCCCCGCUAAAACAUCAGAUUGUUUUAACCCCCUCCUUACCCUAUUUUCAAGAAGGAUGUACUGUACUUUGCAGAAGUGAAGUUUUUUCUUUUUUUUUUUUUCCU